CCCCCCCGAGUGUUAAGAAGCAGAGAGAGCUUCCAAAACCGUUCAACAACGCAUUCCUUCCUCUUAGCUACAAACAAAAGCUUUCUCUUACUUGAUAAAAGGGUUUGCGAGCUUCUUGGGAUUUUUUUUUUUUUCUUAUUUAUAAUUGAACGCCCUCACGGUUCCGGUAGUGAGCUUCAAAGGCAGCUUUCAAUCGCGUCGCGGCCAUUCAUUUACGUACUUGACCCCCCCGCCCCAUCGGCAUACAACAUAAACGCGCGCCGUUUUCGACGCUUCCCGCCUCGGCACGCCAACACAAAUCAAAACAUACCAAAUCUUCUCUGUUCACUUGGGAUUGCCAAUUGCACGCUCAACCUCUUUUACUAUAUAUAACUCGGGGCGCUCUUUUUGUCCUGUGAUUACUCGCCACGCGUCAAGAUGAGCACGGCACAACAGGCCCCCUCCUCACCAUCUAAGAGGCGCGUCCUCGGCGAUCUUGAUGUCAACGUCUCUUCACCCAAGAGGGUAAACACAGUCAAGACUGGUGCCCCAGCUGCCAAGCCGGAAUCUUCGUUGCUCUCGGAGGAGACCAGGAAACGUAGGUUUGGUGUCAUGGCUGGCAGCGCGGCGACCGAGCAUGAACAGCUCAAGAGGACAUGUUUGGACUCGACUGCCGCGGAUGAGGAGAAUGACCCAACUCAACUUCAGCAGCAGCAAAACGCCCCUGAUGAGUCCGACAGCCAGCAAGCAGCCGCGUCACCUGCGGCAUCUUCCAUCUUUGAUACAUCGGCCCACGACACAACGCUGGCGACAACGGUUACAGAACCAGACACAGAUGGACCGAACAUUUUGAGAUCGGUUGCGGCGGCAGCCUCAAGUCGCAUCCCCAGCCGUGCCGAGCUUACCAGACAGACCGCUGAGACCCUCCGACUGAGGCUCAGGCUGGCGGCCUACAAGCUCAAGACGGGCCAGGCGGACGUUCCACUUGAACAGCUGCAGAUGCGGCCAGUAUCACGCAGCGACAGGCCAAUGACGUCGGCAUCAAACACAGAUGCCGAGCCUAGGUUUCUCGCAUCGUCUCUGCCGCCGUCUUCCGUCAACACGACCGCAGCCGGCCGCAGGAUAUACGAGCCCCUGCACCACGCGCCACGGAGGCCGCCGACUGCAGACUGCAGCGACGAUUCCGAGGACGAGUACGGGGGCGCGGCGGCCCUGGCGUCAUCUUGGAGGGCGUCGGCACGGCCUCUGGCUGUUUCUGGGGGUUUGCGGCUGUCGCCUCCGUCGAGGUCGAUACUGCCGGCGACCGCGAGGAUACGGCCCGACGACGAGGAUAACCUAACGGGCGGUGCAGCUUCGGGUUUGCUGGAGCUGAGGAAUUCUAGUCAAUAA